AAAGACUCCUCCUUCGCCGACCCUCAAAAAUCCCUCUCGCGAUUUUCUAUCGGCGGCGCCGAAGAUUAACGUCGUCUCUAUCACCACCACCACUUUCGUCUUCGUCUCUGUUCCGUGAGUAGAUAUGUCAGAGAAAUUCUCGCCGACGCUACGGAUCGGCGAUCUUAGCGAUUUCAUUGCUCCAUCUCAAGCUUGUGUCAUCUCUCUCAAGGGUACCCAAUCCACCAGCAAGAAACCCGAUAGACCCCAGGUUGUGCUUGCCAGCAAGCAGCAACAGACUGAAGCCGUGAAAAUUUCUCUCAAGGAUUGCUUGGCUUGCAGUGGAUGCAUAACAUCCGCAGAGACGGUUAUGCUCGAGAAGCAAAGUUUGGAUGAAUUUCUUUCUAAUCUUAACAAAGGAAAGGACGUGAUCGUAUCCCUUUCCCCGCAGUCGAGAGCUUCCCUCGCAGUUCAUUAUGGCAUCUCCCCUCGUCAGGUUUUCAAGAAACUCACUACAUUCCUCAAGUCUUUGGGAGUUAAAGCUGUGUUUGAUACGAGCUGCAGUAGAGAUUUAGUGCUUAUUGAGGCUUGUAACGAGUUCGUGAAUCGCUACAAGCAAGCUAAUUCUCCGCAUGAUGAAACCUGUAGUCCGCCCCUUCCUAUGCUUUCCUCGGCUUGUCCUGGUUGGAUAUGUUAUGCCGAAAAGCAGCUUGGAUCCUAUAUUCUGCCGUACAUUUCUUCGGUUAAAAGUCCCCAACAAUCAAUUGGAGCCACGAUCAAGCACCAUUUGUAUCGAGCAUUGGGACUCAGGUUGGAAGAGGUUUACCAUGUGACUGUGAUGCCCUGUUAUGAUAAAAAGCUUGAGGCUGCAAGAGACGAUUUUGUUUUUCAAAUGGGGUCGGAAGGUGGAACCCGUGAUAAUGAAGGUCUUGAGCAGACAGAGGUUGAUUCUGUCCUGACAACUGGUGAAGUUUUGGAUCUGAUAAAGUUGAAAGGAGUUGAUUUUAAGGAGUUAGAGGAAUCUCCACUUGACAGAUUGUUGACAAAUCUUUCUGAAGAAGGGAAUCUUUACGGUGUUUCUGGAAGUUCCGGUGGUUAUGCAGAAACAAUAUUCAGACAUGCCGCGAAAACACUAUUCGGAAAAGACAUUAAUAGUCCUCUUGAGUUCAGAACUCUCAGAAAUUCGGAUUUCCGUGAACUGACGCUUGAAGUGGAAGGAAAAACAGUGUUGAAAUUUGCGUUAUGUUACGGUUUCCAAAACCUCCAAAACAUCGUCCGGAGAAUGAAGACACGGAAAUGUGAUUACCACUUUGUGGAGAUAAUGGCAUGUCCUACUGGUUGCUUAAAUGGAGGUGGGCAGAUCAAGCCAAAGCCGGGCCAGUCCCCGAAAGAUCUGAUCCAGUCUCUCGAAGCUGCAUAUAUGGAAGACGUUCUGGCGGCAGAUCCGUUCCAGAAUCCAAUAGCAAAGAGACUAUACGAGGAAUGGCUCGAUGGGCCGGGUUCGAAAGAGGCGAGGAAGUACCUGCAUACGCAGUACCAUCCAGUGGUGAAAAGCGUUACAGCACAGCUUAGCAACUGGUAGAAAGGUUCGGGGACUUAUAGGAAGUUGGAUCAUAGCUUGUGCGGGGUGGUUAUGCAGGCGUCAUCAUUGCGGGAGAGGUUCAAACUUUGACAGAUGGCCGGAGGAAAAGCCUGUUUGGAGUUGACUCCAAGGUUUUGCUCUCUCUUCUUUCUGAACAGAGCUUUGAUGAGCAUCCCGAUUGGAAACGCCUUUCUUAAUAGUUACUAUGAGUAAACAGAUGUGGAAUCAACCAAUAAAUGUUAUGUCUGGUGCUGGGCUUUCAUAUUUAGGGUUAGGGUUCAUCUUCUGAAGAGCUUCUGAAACCACACAGCUGGACCCACUUUGAUCCGACUUUGGGGGUUUGGCGUCAGCACCGAUGGUUGACCCGUGGCAAAUUCUGCAGUUCGGAAGGAUCAUACGCAGAGGUUUGAUCAUUUCCUAUCAUUAACUUCUCACCUUAGGUUUGUUCGUGUUUUUUAUAUAAACAUGGAUUCGUGUGGAAAGAUCGAACUUGUUUACAUGACGAUAUAAUAAGUGCGCGUGUUUUGGUCAUAUGUAGCGGUGUAAUAGAUGGUUAGAUGUGGUUUUUGGCUGUCUGAUGACAUGGUUAACAGAGUUGCUGUGAGAGCAGCAGCAGCUACAUUUUCAUGUAAUGUCCAUUAGAUUGUGGUUUGAUUGAA